UUACCUACCAAGUCCGAAGGAUUAAACUUAUAAAGGACUUGAAGAUAAAAUAGAAAGAUGGUACUCAAUUUGUUCUUCGGGUAAAAGCUGAAACCUCUCGUCAUCAACAUUGGAGUAUAAUCUGAAGAUCCAAUCGGUGAAGAUCGGGCCAUGGCAGAGGCGAAGAAGAUGAGAAGCGAAGCGAGUACCAGUGGCAGCGGCGGAAAUGGUGGCAGAGGCGAGAGCGUGGUGAUGGAUGUCGGCCGCCGGAAGAGCACCUGUGGUUAUUGUAAAUCUGGGGCGCGGACCAGUAUUUCUCAUGGGCUUUGGGCACAUAGUCUGACGGUUGAUCACUAUCAAGCUCUCCUUGACAGAGGCUGGAGAAGAUCUGGCUGUUUCUUGUACAAACCUGACAUGGAGAAAACAUGCUGCCCGUCGUACACUAUUCGUCUGAAAGCUAGUGAUUUUGUUCCUUCUAAAGAACAAAUUCGAGUAUCAAAACGGAUGCAGAGGUUUCUGGAUGGCACAUUAGAUGUAAAAAAGACAGACAAGUCAACUGAUGAGCUAAAUACUUCUGGGGGAUCGUGCAGCACUGCAAAUAAUGAGGAUACAAGUUUUGCUGCAAUGGAGUCCUCGGUAGUUGAUUGUGAAGGUAAGAACAAGGCGGACCAGCUUAUGCAUUUCUUGUCUGACGAAAUUGAUAAUACAGUACAAUUACGCAUAAAAAGUUGGGAGUUUUCCUGUGACCAGUUGCCUAAGGCUUCCGUCAAAAAAGUUGCACCAGCUAAAAGAAAGUUGCAAGCAGAAAAUUCAGAAGAACUCAUAUUCUCCUGCAAUAUCGCAUUCCAGAUUGCAGCUACUGUAAAACGAUUAAUGAAGGAUGCCAAGCCUACAAAAUCAUCUGAACAUGAUGUGGGAGGAAAGGGAGACUCUGAUGAUCUUUCUCCCAAGAUGAUUGCUGAAAUUUUGGCAGGCCAUUUGAAGCAGCCGACUGAAUCCUGUGGUUUAUCAGUCAGAGCUUGCAAUGGGCACAUAAAUUUCUAUUCUGCCACGCAGCAAAUGGAUUUAGUUGAAGUUGGCCGAGGUACGAUCUUAGAGUCAUCUCCCACAGCAAACUGUGCUAAUGACAAGCAUUCAAAGAAAAGCUGCAGAGGACCUCAAGGCCAACAUCGGAGGUUUGAGAUUCGGUUGAAAAGGUCUAGCUUUGAUUAUGAAGAAUACUCCUUAUAUAGGAAAUAUCAGCUGAUAGUGCAUAAUGACACACCUGAUCAUGUCACUGAAAGCUCAUAUAAGAGAUUUUUGGUUGACACUCCUUUAGUACAUAUUGAACCAAAUGAUGAUAAUGCAGUUCCUCCAUGUGGAUUUGGUUCUUUCCAUCAGCAGUAUUUGGUAGAUGGGAAGCUUAUUGCAGUUGGUGUAAUUGAUAUACUGCCUAAGUGUUUAUCAAGCAAAUAUUUAUUCUGGGACCCUGACCUGGCCUUUUUGUCACUUGGCAAGUAUUCAGCUCUGGAAGAAAUUAGAUGGGUUAGUGAGAACCAAGUGCAUUGCCCAAGUCUCCAGUACUAUUAUCUUGGCUAUUACAUUCACUCCUGCAUCAAGAUGAGAUACAAAGCUGCAUAUCGACCAUCUGAGCUCCUUUGUCCUCUUCGUUACCAGUGGGUUCGAUAUGAUAUUGCAAAGCCACUUCUAGACAGAAGAAAGUACGUGGUUUUAUCUGAUUACGCCACUUUACAAAAUGGAGUGUUCUUGCCACAAGAUGUUCUUGUCAAUAUGGAAGAACAACAGAAUGACUUUGCUCAGGAUGCCUCAAAUGAUGUUUCCAUAAACGAGGAUGAGAUGGCUGAAGUUGACUCAGAUUUAUCUGACGAUGAAUCAGACUCAGAAGCUGGUGCUGCAACCAGUUUGGCAUUGGAAGAUGUUGAUCUUAGUAAUGUUUUGUUUGGAGUCAGAGGAGCUCGUCUGAGAUACAAGGAUCUACGGCAUGCAUUUGAUCCCAGCCAGAGGAAGUUCAUGGAAAAGCAAUUACAAAGAUAUGUUAGAGUUGUGGGUACAGAGCUUUCCAAGCAAAUGGUUUACUCCCUAGGAUGAUUACUCAAAAAAUGUCUAUCGUUCAUCAAAUCUCUGUUCACAUCAGGUUCGCCCCCUCAGAUGUUGUGUAAUAAAUUCGCGUUGUGCAGCCAUUUGAUACACUUCAUCAGUUUUAUUUACUGAAUGUGCUGAUCACUCAGCUAUACAUGUUCUUCACCUGUUUAUGGAAAAGAAUAUAAUACCAAUCCCAGUUCAUGAAAUUUUAAAAUGGGAAACAGUGUUCCCGUAAUUAA